CUGUGGCGAAAAAAUUAAAAAAUUUCGAAACAGAGAAGGAAGAUGCGGAAAAGGCCAGAGACACCUGUAAAUAUGUAUAACGCGAAUUACUUACCCGUGGGAAGCAGAGAACGACUGAAAAGAGUUAAAGACAAAAAGAGGAGUGGAAAGAUUUGCAAAAGAACGGAAGCAUUCAAAAAAAUUAUUAACGAGAAUAAAAGAAGCAAAAAGAAAAACAAAGUGGAAGAAAGUGCGACGAGGCGGUAAAACCGACUGAGAGAUGAAACAAAAAUUACACAAGGAAAUAUAUAGUCGGAAAGAGAGAAAAAUUUGUGCGAGUAUAUGAGAGGAGGAGACGGAGGAGAGAGAACGGACAAGUGAGAAAGUUUGAGCGAGCGUGCGAGAGUGAAAGAGGGUGAGAAAGUGAGAGAAAAUGCAAACACGAGACCAGAACCAGAGGUAUAGAGAGAGGGAAAGAAAUUUUUACUAAACGAUAAAAAAAAAACAAAAAAACAAAAAAAAACACGGAGAGGGAAAGAGAUAAGGAUGGAGAUAAAGUAUAUGCGGACGAGAUUCCCACUGAGCGUAAAAAACGGUAUGCGCGCGAAGCUCUUGCGUCACAACGGAUUGACGAAUGAUUAAGGUUUACCCAGAGACACGAAACAAACAAACAAAAAAAAGAAAAGAAAGAAAAGAGGUACGAGACGAAUUCUUGUAUACUAUUAUAAUAUUUGAAUGUAUAUUUAUACAACAGGCAAUUCUAUCUAUACGAUAUGAUAUUUUGAUCGGUUUAAAGAAAGGAGUAAAAACACGAAAAAGACGGAGAGACGGAGAAUGAAAACGUGAAACAAACAACAAAAAAAAUAAUCAGAUUGGUGCUGAUAACUAGGUAAGAAAAAUGAAGAUGAUUAAAAUGAAACAAACAAACAUACAAAACAUUGAGGAGGGAACGUGAAAAAAGAAGGCUGAGAACACUGUAGAGUAGUGUAUAAGUUAAAUAGGAACGAUGGUGAAGAAUAAGAGAAAAAAACAAGAAUAAAAGGAAGGAGAAGAAAGAAAGAAGAUUAUAGCCGAUAGCUCGAUAUAACUCGUGGCUCAACUCGAGGACCUUUUUUUGCUGUCCGCUCAUGAAAUUAUAUAUAUAAUUAUUAUAUAUGUUAUUGUACAUAUAUAUGAAUAUAUACAUAAUUAUAUAUAUAAUUAAUAUCAUCAUUCGUAAACAUUUAGUGGCAAUACUUAAAGAGGGAAAGAUAAAUGAAGGAUAAGAGAAUAAAAGAUACGAGAAAAGGGAAAAAAUAAUCGUGCGAGAAUAUUAAAUAUAAAGGGUAUAACACAAAAGAUACACAUGAACACAGACACACCGACAUUUUACGUGCUAGAAACGAUAGUCUUUUAAAUUUUCUAUAUUAAGACGUGUGAUCUCUCUAAUUACUGUACAUUAUAUAACAUAAAAACGAUGAUCUAUUAUAAUUAAUAUCUAGGUACGGAGUUUAUAAUUAUGUAUUAGACGAUUUCUCUGUAGUCUUAUUGUUUUAGACGGAAAGAAGAAAAAAAGGAAAGCAAAAGAGAGAGAGAGAGAGGGAGAGAGAAGAACGGGGGGGGGGGAGAAAGAGCGAUGAGGGAGAGGAGGAAAAGGGAGAACAAAAGGAUUUAACGGAGAGUAUUUGGGAGAUGAGUAAUUGUGCGGCCAUAUUUGCUGUGGCCUGUUCGUAGUGCCUCGGAAUUGCUGCUCGCGGCAGUGAUUUGAUCUUAUUUUAGGAAUGGUAUAUUAUUAAUAUUGAGAACUGCAAUUACUAUCGGGUACUCUUGACACAGUACACUAGGAAGGCAAGUUACAGAAAAAACACAAUAAACUUGAAAUAAACAGACUCAAAUUCACACAUGGAUACACUCAACGAUACGGAACCGUACACGCGGAUACACGAAAACCCACACACACACACACACACACACCGUGUCAUAAAUUGCCACGCUAAACGACUCGCUAAAUUAUAUUGUAUAAAAAGAGAGAGAGGAGACGAAAAAAACGCCCGCGUCAAGCCCGAAAAGUCGAUUCGAUAAUUGCUUCGACGAUGUGAUCGUCGCUUUUCUGGCUUAUAAGAUGACGAACGGGUGAGGGGGGGGGGGAGGGGGGGGGGGGAAUAACAAAACGAGAAAAACACGUCACACUAAAUUGUUCGAAAAAUAAGAGAGAAAGAGAGACAAAACGAAACGCAUACAGGACGAAACUCAAAACAUACUAUUCCUUUGUUGUUAUCGAUUAUUUCAUUACUUUUCUUUAUUUUUCGCAAAUAUAUAUAUAUAUAUAUUUCAUCAACAAGUCUUACCCUCCAUCCGGUGCAAUCACUAUAUGUAUAUUUGUGUAUUAAAUAUAUGUAUAGUGUACAGCAGCGUGCGAAGACACGACUGACUGUUAUCACAACUUGAACGAGCUCGCAAAUUCAGAUAUACGUAAAAGUAGACCAGAGAAAAACAAAACGAGAAUAAUUAAAGGAAUAAAAAGGGAGAGAGAGAGAGAGAGCGAAAGUGAGAAAGUUUGUGUACGUGUGUUUGAGCGAAUGAAUGAGCGAGAAUGUAUGCUUGCGCGAGACAGAGAAUGAACGCAAUUGAAAUAAAAAUCGGGGUAGCUAUUAUAAUGAAAAAGUAAAGAAAAAAAAGGAAAAAAAAACAAUACAAAAAAAAAAGAACAAGAAGCCCUCGAUGUAAUAUAACGAUCAAUUCUCACGUUCUUGUCGUUAAAGUGUUUUCUUUUUUUAUGUUUCGUCUCUUCAAUUUUGUAUAUACAUAUACAUAAAAAUAUACCACGAUCAGUCUUUAUUAUAGCGUGUACCAUUUUGGCAAAUAUCUCCAGGCGAUAGAAAACAAAUGAAAUGAAAUGGAAAAAAAAAAAAAAAAACCCAAUAAGAACAAGGAAACAGUGAUGAAAGAAAAAGUAAAUUAUAUACGUAAAGAGAAUGAGACAUUUUUCUGUCCAACGUUUUGUGUGCGUGCGUAUGCGUGUGCGCGUGUGUGUAGUACUUUGCGCAUAAAACUCAAAUUUUGACGAUCAAAAAAUCUCAAAUUCAUUUGAUAAUGUUAAAAUACCGUUUCGCGGAGCCGAAAAAUACUUGAAGAAUAAUGGAACGACGAAAAUCGUAAACAUUCGAUUAUAAUUUCGGGACAAACGUAUUUUUUGGGCUUUCGCAGUUGAACGUGUGAAGGGCUUUCUUGUUUCGAUCGGUACUUCUAUUUAUAUACAUAAUAUUAAAGAAUAUAUAUAUAUACAAUACACAGACAAUUACACGCAUCCCAUACACGUAGAAUUUUUUUUGUAUCGAAUCGAAUUUUCUCACUCGGACUCUGAAUGUUGCCAGCGAUUCGCGAGUCACUGCGUACAGACGAGAACACAGUCACAGAGGGGGAAAGGGAAACGAAACGAGAAAAGAAAAGAAAAAAGGAACGAUUGAGAAAGAAAAAAAGAGCGAGAGGACGAUGGAAUAGAGGAGCGAUAGACACCUUUCGAAGAAGGUUAAUCUCUGUUGCAAUUAACAUUUGCAAUAAUGCCAUUUUUUAACUAGUUUUUUAAAACUCGCGUUAAGUGUUUCAGACUUGAGAUUUUCAUCUGCGUUUUAAAUACUAUUAUAUUGAAUGAGGAAUAAUAAGGAAAUAUACACGAACCUUAAAAAUGAUAUAAAAAUUACACGAAUGAAGUACACGUAAGGGGGGGAGUAGCACGAGAAAAAAGAAAAAACGACUCUCGACACAACAGACAGCCACUCUCGUCCGCGUAAAAUAACGAAUGGGAAAAAAACGAUAAGAAAAUAGACACGCAGACAGCUGUUAUACUAGUUUAAUUUUUCUAUUCGAUCGAGGGUUAACGAACCCUCGAACAAACACAAUCGUUAAACACAGACUUACACGCGCACUCACACUCGCGUAGGACACACACACGAGCAUGCGAGUGCCCGACGAUGACCGAUGUAAUAAAGAAUUUCGUUGACGAGGUCGGGCUCAAGGAUAAUCAGAGUUUUUUUAUGUAGUCGUUAAGGUGCACGGUGAUUCGAGACUCUCAAAAACACGAACAUCUCAAAGCAAAAACACCUCUUUUCGGUAAAUGGUCUCUUCCGAACAGAAAUUAACUAUCCAAUUGCUGACAUUUUCAAAUGAAAUAAAAACAUAUUUUUUCAACUUCUAAAAAGGGUUAAGAAUCUCACAGAAACUGCUGAACUAGCUCGGCUCACAAUGAAAGUUAACUUCUUUGGCUAUUUCUGUCACGAUACAAACGACUGAAGAAAAUUUCAACUUCUGGAUUUUCAAUUUCACCCUCAAUUUUCCAUUUACCGUUUUCUUAUUUAACGGCUUUUUCAUGCGGGCCGAAUCAUAGUUUAUCGACGCACAGCUCAACGUCCUUAUUUUUUGGUUUUUCUCACAUUUUUCGAAAAGGAAAGCCUGCUCCUACCACCAUCGAGAAUGAAAGUUACCGAACGAGCAACCAGCCCAAACAUUUCUGGGAAGCUUUUAUAAACGAGAGUAACGAGAGACUGACAAAGUCAGUUUUAUUUCAAUGGAAUUGUACAAUUAUCAAAUCUGCUAAACAUUCACGUCGUACACGAAUCACACAACUCCAUGGCCACCGGUAAGAUCGUCGACUGCCUGAAAAAGCCUUUAAACAGAUGUUAACACGAAACACAUUGAAAGAGGAAAAAAGUGCACAUUAAGAAAAGUGGUCUCGAUGCCGUGUUUCAAAAUGAAAAGGACGCUCGCGAGUUUGACUCCUCGAGCUAAGAUUCAAGCACACGAUACAAGCGUGCCAGAGUCCCUAACAACUUAGCUUAAGCGCAACAAUUACCUUGAAUACGUAUCACACUGAGCUGGUGGCGUCAUAAAAACGAAAACAAUUUUUCUUUCCUCACAAUCACGAUCUUCCUUCUCCUCCUUUUAUAAUCCAUGCAAUUUUCUUUCAAACGAUUUUUCUCACUCAUAUUAUUAAUCUAUUAUUAUUCUUAUUUGUUUAUUGUUUUUAUCCAUUCACAUUUGAUACUCGAUGCAAAGUUUUCGGGGUUAACGACCGUCCGUUGUUUCUCCAAUUGUUACCGCUACCACAGUCAGUCGAAUGCUCGAAAUAGGUGAACCCUUUUAACGAGAUUUAAGAGGCUCCAUGAGAGAGAGAGAGAGAAAGAGAGAAAGAUUAAAAGAGAAUGCGUGAGAAUUACGAAGAAGAAAUGAAUAAUUGAAUAAAUAAAUAAAUCAUUCAGCAGUUCGAUCAAACUUGCAUUACAGGUUCUAGUUUUUGUAAUAUACAAAUAUACACAAAAAUAUAUAUAUAUAUAUAUAUAUACACAUAUAUAUUCUAUCUAUACAUACAUAUCGCUGACCCAGAAAACUUUGCACCGUAAUGAGCGGAAUACACUUGAUAUUGAUUCCAACUAUCACCGAUAUAGAGAUUAUUCAGUCUCUUGUUUUCCUUCUUUCGUUCGAGAUUGAGAGAAAAGAGUUUAGGAUUUCAUCGAUUAUCGGAAAUGUCCGCAGCUGUACGAACGAAUAACACGCGAACUGUCCAGCCGAUUUAUUUUUAUUUCAUAGCCAAUCGUUGAAUAUUUUUUUAUAGAGACAUAUUUAUUUUCAAAUAUUCGACAAAUUCGACUAUGAGAUAAAAAUUCAAUCACGAGAUUAUCGUACGUAAUGUAAUCGGGGUCAUUAUUCUUAUUCGAUUUUCUUUUUAUUUUCCGUUCUGCAGUGAACUUCCGUUUCUCCAUAGUUCCAAUCAAUUCGACAGUUGAACUGUGUACAUUUCCCAUGAUUUUUUCUUUUUUGGCGAGAUAACUUUACUAGCCUUUUCAUAUUGUGAGAUCAAGAAUGAAAAUCAUUCUAUUUUCCUCAUCAAUAAAAAUCAAUUUCAACAUCAUUUCUUCUCAGUAUUCCCUCGAACACACGGCUACAGUGCACACGUCGAACGUUGAAUAACCAAAUUUCUAUGGUGCUGAAACUAUAAUUUUAUAACGAGGAAAUUAAAAAAUCUCAAAUAAGAAAAUAUUUGAAACUUGAGCCCAAUCUCGAGUGCUCUAUUCGGUCGAGUCUCUCUCCGUGAAUGCGUGUGUGUCUUCGUGGACGUCUCUGUGUGUGGGUGUGCGAUCAACGUAGUUAGGUACUUGCCAAUAAUUGACGGAAAUAAAGAAAAGCAGAUAGUUAAACAAAAUAACAAAACAGAAGUAAUAAUAAUAAUAAAAAUAAUAAUAGAAGAAAAAAAGAAAAAAAAAAAUCAUAAAACGAUGUUGAACGAUAGAGAAUCACUCGAACUUGUUACUUUUGAGCUCAGUCCUAUGAAAAUUUCAUUUUGCUACUCUCUCCGAUUACUAUUUCGACGUUGUAUAAGAGGCGUGUAAAAACUUUUUCAAUACGAUAGAAACAAAUUUUAUGCCCUGAAAGAAAAAAACAAUUUCGUACACCGAUCUGAGGGGGAUCGCGAUCGAUGCGAGCUAAUGAAAGAUAAAUUCUAUUGUGGCCUACCAGGUAGGCAAAAUGUAGAUACGAAUAUCCUUGUUUUUUAUAUAUAUAUAUAUAUACUAUGAAUUUAUACAUACAUAUAUAUAUAUGUAUUCAUUUGCAUAUGCAUACGUAUAUAUAUAUAUAUAUAUAUAUAGUAAUAUUACUAUUACACACCGUACUCGAUUAAAUCUACGAUGAUUAUGUUAUUAUUAAGUUUUUGGAGAGAGAUUUUGCAUAUGAUGCAUUGGUUAGUUUUUAUUCUAGAGUUUUUGCCUCUUUUCUUUUUCCUUUUAUUUUCACAAUUAAUUAUUCAUAAUAUAUCAUUAUCAUACACUCGUGACUAUUAUUUUAUAUCAGAUACAUUGUAGAUGGUUCUUUUUUUUUCAGACACGAUUAUGGAUAAUUUAUAUAUUCCCUUAUGUUCAUUAUAUUCAUUCAUAUAUAUACAUACAUAUAGACAUAUAUAUAUAGAAAAUUAUUUAUAUGUAUGUAUACAUUUAUAUAUAUAUAUAUAUAUAUAUUCUUUAUUUCCUGCAGUCACAAAAAUCCGUUGUGUGAUAUUCGUCGUAUAACAAAACUGUCAGAUUUUUGUUUAGUUACAUCCGUUUUUUUUUUUAACAUUAUUGUUUUCUUUUUUUUACGAAUUAUUCAUACUAAAGCAUUAUUCUUCAUUAAAAUAUCCGUACGCUUAUGAGAAAAAAAACAAUUACGAAAAAAAACAUGUUCAUUUUGCUAAAUUUCUUUUGUCUCGUGCGUACACACAUCCUCGUUCGUCGCUCCGAUGUGUCUACCGUGGAAAUUCGUCCCUGGAUCUCACCAAAUUGUUCGAUGCAUUCUCGUUCGAGUUUCGACAGAAAUUAAAUGGGAAAGAUCGAUUAGAGGAUUUCAACGUUAUUCGUUAUUUUAUUGUUUGUUUGCUCGCGUGCGCCCCUCCGAGAUUCACAAUCGAGCGGGUUCGGCGGAAGACAUCAUCGACGAAUCGCGCUUUUCCUGUGCGAUUUUGCAGGUUGUUCGGCUUCUUAACUCCGCUCUCGUGAUGCUCGCAUUUCUGUUUUGUUAUUUUUCGUUCUCUCGUCACGUUCCUCGCUACGAUCGAUUAUUUCUAAUACGGAAUAAACGGAAGGGUGAAACAAAGGGUCGAACGGUUUUCUCUCUUUUUUUUUUGCUCAUUCGAAUUCACACGCUCAACUACGGGACGAGUUUGAAAACGGUUUUCUCGAGGCGCACGAAAAACCACCGGCACGCGGAAGAGCGACUCAUUUACCUUUUUCUUUCUCGUAAUACCAACCUUUUUUCGCCUCGAAAAGGGAGGGCCAUGCGUCGUGGAGAAAAUAUGUUUGGGCGCUCCAUUUCCUUAUCGCUCUAAAUUCAAUGCUCAAGAUACCCUAGCUUUAAGGCUUGUACUCCUUAAUAAAUAUGUAAAUUAUUA